CCUCCUCCUCCUCCCGUGGAUACAAAUGUCGUGGCUCGCAGAGGGCGCAGGCUCUGCUUUCCUUAUCUAAAAGGAUCUCUAUCCCGCUCUAACGAGCCACUUGACCUCACUCGGCGCGCCUCUUCUCCCUUUGGGUGACGCAAAAACUCAACAACAAAAACAUUUAAAAAACAAAACAAAGAAAAGAAGCAGAGAGAAGUGGGCCGGCGAAGCGCAGCAGUUCAGAGGAGCGCGCGGAGGCACCAGCGGGCAGCAGCGUGCGCCUCGACCCUCUCGGAUGUUACAUCAACGCAACGGAGAUUUACCGGGACGUGUGACUAAGAUCACAUUUGAAACUCUGACAUUCACAACCUCCUCCAUUCAGUAAGUUGAGAGGUGGAGGAAACUUUUUGGUGGUUUUUUUUGUUUUUUUGAUUUUUUUUUUAAUGAGUGUCCCUCCGCUGGCCGGCACAUCUGGACGUCGCUGGAAGCUGUCAGAAUCCUGACCUGACCCCCGCGGGUUUGUUUCGCCCUCUCUGAACUUUUACGGAGGAAUACUGGACUUCAAACUAUUGGCUCUUUAUUUUGAAAACUUUUGUUUUUAUUAUUUAUUUCAUUUCGUAAUUUUUUUUUUUAAAUAAAAGGUGCAACAUGGAACAGUCGGUCCUCAGACUAACGUGUAUCCUGGUGGUCUUCUGUCUCCUGCAUAAAAGGGUAGAUUCCAAUGAAAUCUUAGGCCUGAGGCUGCCCAACAUCGACCCGAUCCUGAAUGCCAACACGGUGUGUCUCACGCUGCCAGGUUUGACACGGCGGCAGCUGGAGGUGUGCAUGAGGAACCCCGACGUGACGGCGUCGGCGAUCCAGGGAAUCCAGAUCGCCAUCCACGAGUGCCAGCACCAGUUCAGGGGACAACGCUGGAACUGCUCCAGCCUGGAGACCAGGAACAAAAUACCCUACGACAGCAUCGUCUUCAAGAGAGGUUUCAGAGAGAGCGCCUUCGCCUACGCCAUCGCAGCGGCGGGCGUCGUGCACGCCGUGGCCAACGCCUGCUCCAUGGGCAAGCUCAAGGCGUGCAGCUGUGACGAGAAGCGGCGCGGGGACGAGGAGGCCUUUCGCGUCAAACUGCACCGCCUGCAGCUGGAGGCCAUCCACCGAGGGAAGGGCAUGGUGCACGGCGUCAUGGAGCACUUCCCCGCGGACCUGCCGGGCCCCCAGGACUCCUGGGAGUGGGGCGGCUGCAGCCCGGACGUGGAAUUCGGCGAGAAGUUCUCGAGGGACUUCCUGGACGCCCGCGAGACCAACCGGGACAUUCAUGCACGCAUGAGGCUGCACAAUAACAGAGUGGGGAGACAGGUGGUGCUCGACCACAUGAGGAGGAAAUGCAAGUGCCACGGGACGUCGGGGAGCUGCCAGCUGAAGACCUGCUGGCAGGUCACCCCGGAGUUCCGGCUGGUGGGCUCGCUCCUCAAAGAGCGCUUCCACGUGGCCACGCUCAUCAAGGCUCACAACCGAAACACCGGGCAGCUCGACCACUCCAACCACAACAGCAACCACCACCACCACCACCACCACCACAACCACCACCACCACCACAACCACCACAACCACCACCACAACAACCACCACCACAACAACCACCACCACACACACCGGCGGCGGCCCAGCGCCAACGAGCUGGUCUACUUUGAGAAGUCGCCGGACUUCUGCGAGCGGGCCCCGGGGUCGGACUCGGCGGGCACGCAGGGCCGGAUCUGCAACAAGACCAGCCCCGGCAUGGACAACUGCGAGAGCCUGUGCUGCGGCAGGGGCCACAACAUCCUGCAGCAGACGCGCAGCGAGCGCUGCAACUGCAAGUUCCACUGGUGCUGCUACGUGGUGUGCGAAGAAUGCAGGAUAACCGAGUGGGUCAGUGUCUGUAAAUGAAGAAAACACACAAAGAGACUGUAAACACCAGAGAGAAACACAGAGAAAAAGAGACCCCCGCUUUUUUUUUUUUUUU